GGCUUGUCAACCAUCAACCGACAGCUCGCCAUUCAGUUGGCAAAACACCCCAGCGUGGAUGUCAGUGUUUAUCUCCCUCAGUGCAGUGAAGAAGACAAACGAGUCGCUGCCAGACACAAUGUUCAUGUCAUUGAAGCAGAAAAAAUGCCAGGUUAUGACCCGGUUGACUGGUUGUCCUUCCUACCAAAAGACCAUGCUGUGGACUGUGUGAUAGGACAUGGAGCCAUUCUUGGUCGGCAAGUGCAAGGUAUAAAACGUGAUCGUCCUCAUUGUAAGUGGAUUCAGGUCGUUCAUACCUCUCCAGAAGAACUUGGAAUGUACAAAGGAUAUGAAGAGCGCAUUUCCAGAGGUGAAGAGAAACACCAAGUGGAGGUUGAAUUCUGUAAAUUGGCUGAUCAAGUUGUAGCAGUUGGACCCAAGCUGGCUGAAGCUUUUUCGGGUUAUCUCCGUCCCUGUGGAAAGGAUCAAGAUGUUUUCAAUCUUACCCCAGGCAUUUUCUCUGAAUUUGCUGAUGUAAAGCAAGCCUCUCAGGAAAGAAGUUCAUUUACUGUUUUAGUGUUUGGACGUGGCGACAAUGAAGAUUUUCAGCUAAAAGGAUAUGACAUUGCUGCCCAAGCCAUUGCUGAGUUGAAAGACACGACGUACAAACUUGUGUUUGUUGGAGCAACACGGGGAGAAGAAGAUAAAGUAGCAGACUUGUUACUUAAGCAUGGCAUUGAUCGCAGUCAACUCAGGGUGCGUCGUUUUAAUGAAAGCAGAGAGCAGCUAUCACAGUUAUUUUGUGAGGUAGAUCUUGCUAUAAUGCCAUCCCGAGCUGAGGGCUUUGGUCUAGCCGCCCUUGAGGCUUUAUCAGCUGGUCUGCCUGUGCUGGUCAGUGGGAACUCUGGUUUUGGGGAGGCUUUGAAGAAAGUUCCUUUUGCUUCGAGCUGUGUGAUAGAGUCAGAAGAUCCUAGAGAAUGGGCCAAUGCAAUCAAAACUGUUCAUCACAAAGACAGGGAGAUGCGUCUCGGGGAGUCUAAAGUUGUACGUAGAGCAUAUGCAGAAAAGUACAGCUGGGAUGAACAGUGUGAUAAAUUUAUAGAAAGGAUGAAAAUCAUCACUUUCGAAGGUCAGUUAAAUUAGUCACAGUCUAUUGCUUAUUCUGUGUUAUUAGACUUGGGAAACAGGUGUGAUACACUGCAUUUGCUCAUAAAAAAGAUGCGAUAUGGCACUCAUUAAAGUUCAAAGCAUUUUUCGACACACCUCCCGUUUAGAUGGAGAACUUUUAAAAGAGUCAUGGACAGUUGCAUAUCUGUUUUGACAGAAAUAGCCAAUAAAGUUACAAAAGAGAUGGGCUUGAGUUCUGGAACAAUGACAAUUACUUGGGCUGCUCCCUUGAGUUCCACCAAAAGGCUAUACGUUUCGGUUAGUAUUGAGGAAUGCUGACAGAAAAGGGGGAAUCACUUGUCACAAAUGAUAAUUUUUAUUAACAGGGCUGUUAUUAAGAGACAGGGAAAAGGGAUUUCCCCCCGCUACUAUAAAUGUGGCCCCCUGCUACUUUUAUGGGAAAGUAGAAGAAAAAUAGUCUAACCAAAAGAAAUUACCAACUGUAUGUUUGAUUCCCUGCCUACUUGUUGUAUUUACCUGGGAACUUGAAAUCUUGGUGACAGCCCUGCAGUGUGUUUUUUUAGUUUUUUAUUCGUUGCUCAUUUGAUGAUAAAGCCUGUUGAAAGAAAAGACCUUUUUCAAGUAAGUACUGUACACACUAUUACAUGUACUGAUAUUUUCCUCUGGACUACUGACAUUACCUUUUAAAGAAAUCAACUUUUAAAAUCGUUUUACUAGAGGUACACAUAAACUUCCUAAAAAGCACUUUUUAUUGUCUAAUAGCUGACAUACCUACUGGCAAAAAUUAUUACAUCAAUACUGAACUGAUUUACCUUCAGGCUUAUCAGAGAGGCAACAGUUAUCUGAAAAGCGAGAGGAGAAAAGACCAUUACUUUCAAGCAACACUCCGGUUUUUAAAUACCCAAGGUUGUUGAGAGAUGAAGGUAAAGUUUGUUUAAGUUUGACCACAGUUUAUAACCGUCUUAGUAUUGGAAAACAGCUGAUUGUAUGUACGGGUAAAUAGGUAAAUAGGUCACCCCCUAAAGGAACUCAGAAGCUAAAGUUCAUUAACCCUCCUCUCGCUCUGAUCGAUCCUAGACCGAGAUUUUUCACCUCUUUCUUUUCCUUAGCCACCAAAAACGCCUGAUACUCAAGCUAAGAUAUAGCGAAAUUAUUUGUUUUACUAACGGUGAAAUCUGUGGACAAAAUCCCAUGUUGUUACCAUUCAAAUGAAUUGGCAAAAAUUUUACCUAGUACUAUUUAUUCGUAGGAUUUUACCAAAAAGAAAUCUAGUGUUUUUGAGAACUUUUGCUUUGGCUACUGUUAAGAUUGAAAGGGUUAACUCUGUCGAUAAAACGAAGCCAUUGUGCGGAUUAAAGAUGUUUAACUUUAGUCCUAGUUAGAUCACACGAGGUAUGCUCAACAAUAUUGCAUUUUUCAUUUUUAUGUAGGAGUUGCUGAAAAUCGAUUUCUCCUUAAAAGAAGUAAUGAAGUUAGUUUUUAAGUGGUGCUGCGGCGGUUGGGGGAGUGAAGUGCACAACAAUUGGUUUUUUCAACUGAGUUGACAAAGUUAAAAUGGCCAUCGUAAAGAUUUUCAAAACCUUACGUUUCGAGAACUAACCCUUCUUUAGUUGUUUUCGGUUUUCAACGUUUUCUUUUAAAGCGUAUCUGUAAUAAAACACUUUGAUUUGAUUUAGAGGAGAGAACCAUAAAAGCUGACGUCCGCAAAAAUUUCCAAUUUACCUAUUAUUUUAACGUUUUAUGCAUAAGUGCACAUCCUCUGCUUUGUGGUUACUGACAAAUAUUUCCAAUCUCAGAUUGGGAAACCUUGGUUCUUGUGAAAUUGCUGAAAAAGGAAUACAAAAGGCGCUCGCAGCUAAGACCACUUCUAUGGGAUAGCACCAUCCAGUUACCCAUAGAACAAGUCUACACAAGACUGAAAAUCAUCUCAAGAGGAAAAUUGGCCAUCCAGGUGGAAGGCGACGAGGUGAAUGUGUUCGACAUUUUCAAAUCUCCUGGCAUUGGUGAGGAUGUUAUGACGUUAGUAGAGGGAAGUCCAGGAAUUGGUAAAACUACGUUUUGCCUCAAACUUGCUUAUGACUGGGCUCGUGGAAAUAUCCCAUCUGAGUGCUCCUUUCCCAAGUUUGAAUUUGUGUUUCUUCUCAAAUGUCGUGACAUUGAUGGAGAUAUAAUGGAAGCUAUCAGUGAACAACUUUUGCCCAGGGAUAUGGAUAUGGAGAAGUCUGUGGAGAAGCUGUUGCAUUUCAUGAAGAACAUUCAUAACCAGGAGAGACUGAUUUUAAUAAUUUUGGAUGGAUUGGAUGAGCUACCUGAAAAGUCACGGCACCAUGUAGAUGAGCUGCUUCAAAGACGAAUUUUACCAUUUUGCUUUGUCUUGGCUACGACACGACAAGAAAGAGGAAUCGAAGUACGAAAAAGCGUUGUCUUCGACAUUCACUUAGAAAUCAAAGGGUACACGGAAAAUGAUUCUAUUGCGUACGUCAGAAGACACUUUGAAACCAUUGGCCAGUCACCAAAGGGGGAGAGGCUCAUUGAGGAAAUGCAGCAGAACACUUUCUUACAUGCACUACGAAAUAACCCGCUAAAUUUACUUCUGCUUUGCGUUGUUUAUGAGGACUGUGAGGGAAAAUUGCCGACUUCCUGGACAGAACUUUACCAAGUCAUUGUGCAAUGUCUUUUGAGGCGAUACUGCGCCAAACGCAACUGGCCGGUCCCUGAAGAUGACAGUGUCCUAGAGAAAACGUUUGAAAAGGAAAUUCUUGCACUCGGAGAGCUAGCUUGGUUAUGCCUGUUGAGUGAUCGUUAUGGUUUCCGUGAAACUGAAUUGGAUGAGUUUGAAAAAAGAUACCCAGGAUUGGUAGCUCGUGAGCUAGGCCUUCUUUACAAAGAAGAAAGUCUAAAGAGAUUAAAGCCUCAACAUGAGUACUGCUUUCUUCACAAGACCUUCCAAGAGUACGUGGCUGCCGCGUUUAUUGCAGAGAAGCUAGUAAAUCUACAGUUUUAUGUAUUUGAGCACAUAAGCUUUGAGGACUUUGUGACGAAAUAUCCACAAGUGUUUAUUUUUGUUUCUGGUAUGCUAAGCGAGAAAGCAACUAUUUUAUUCACCCAGAUUGGCGUGGAGUUAAAGAGGACAUAUUACUGGGACUGGAACGAGAAUUGCAGUGAGGAGACAGCUACAUUCUUUAUUCAAAGCUUUAAUGAGAGUGGACAUGCUGAAGAAAUGGCAGUUACUCUUUGUAACAUUAUACCUUUUCCAAAGGUCAUUACCUUUAAAUUCGGGGAAAAAUACAACUCUUCUUUUAUUAAGGUUUUAAUGACGUGCAAAAGCUUUUCAAAUUUACAGACACCUGCUGAACUAUAUGCUGAUACAUAUGGUUUGGAGAAAGGAGUGAGAGGCGUGUUGAAUUAUAUAGAAUCCUGCCCGCAGCUGACAGUCGUAAGCUUUGUUUAUGAUGAAGAAUUUUUGACGUCAUCAGAUACAGAUCGUCUUUGCAAAUGGUUUUCUGUGACCAAGAGUCUAUCAGAGUUUACUCUUAAAUUCAGAUAUAAUGCCACCCCUAAGGAGUGUGACCUGCUGGUUCAAAUUGGACGAGGGUUGGCUUCCUGUCGAACUCUGACAAAAGUAACGUUUUCUCUGCCUGGAUAUGCUUAUAGCGAGGGUUUUUUCAAUGCGCUUGAAACUGGAUUGACACCGCUGACGACUGCUGGUCUCGAGCUACGUGGGCCAAUGACGUAUACUGCGACACUAGCUUUACAAAAUUUUUUAUCAAGUAAAUCCUUGAAUUCUAUUUCUCUUUAUAUUGUUGGAGGCGUGCUUGAUUUGUUAGUCACUACUAUCAGUGAAGCACUUGUAAGACAAACAGUUUUAAAAUCUCUUGAUCUACAUCUUUGUGGACCGCUGAGUUCCUCAAGUGCCAGUUUCCUGGAGAAAGGGCUUAUGGAAAAUAGUUCUUUGAAUUAUAUAAGACUGUAUGUCGACGGUGAGCUCCCUGGUAACUGGCAUUCUGUUGUGGAAAAUCUUCGCUUGGCGAAAAGGUCCCCUGUUUGCUGUUCUAUUUAUCCAAACACCAUUAACAACGUAGCAAAGAAUUAUUUUCGUCCUGUUCUGGUUAGGAAAGGGUUAAAUAUAAAGCAACUCGUAACUGUUAACGUCUGGGGUGAGAUGAAAUGCGAAGCGGCAGAAGCCCUUUCUGAAGUCUUGGCACCUUCCUCCAUUACUGUUCUCACAUUAAACGUGCGUGGAAAUUUGACAAGUGAAGUUUCUAAUUCCAUUGCAAGAUGUUUGGAAGAAAACAAGACACUAUCUUCCCUGUCCAUCAACAUAUGGGGCAAUUUGACAACAGAGAGAGGUAUUGUUCCUUCCAGCCUAUCAAAAAACAGUCGCGUUCAGUUAAAUGUACAUGACGUGCGUAUGGGUCCAGAUGAGUCAACAAACGAUGUUCCUGUUAUCACUACCGAUAAUUCUGUGGCAUUGAGAGCUUUUUUCAUCAAAGUCAAGGAUAGAAGAAAAGAAAAAGUCAGUCUUACAAUCAAUAACGAUAGUUAUUUUACCAAGGCGUGGACACGUUGCCUAGGUGAUGCUUUGGCAGAAAACACAUCCCUGACCACGCUUGAUGUUACAGUCAACAGCUGCUUCGUGGAUGCAGAUUUGGGAGAAGACCUCGGGAAUAGUUUAUUGCAAAGCACUUCUUUAACAUCUCUUAGUCUCACAGUCAACUUCAGUAACAUGAAAGAAGGAUGGGAAUGCAAACUGGGUGAGUGUUUGAUCAAAAUGGCAUCUUUAACUACACUCGCCCUUGAACUAAACGGCGACGGUAAAUGGAAUCAGAAGGAUUGUCCAAUUAAACUGAGUAACGUCCUAGCGGCAAUCAAAUCAUUAUCUUCCCUUUCUGUUUCAAUCCAUAGUGAUAGCAUGCAUUCAUUUUGGAACAAGGUUGUGGGUGAUUGUUUAAGAGAGUGCACGUCACUUACAAAACUCAGUCUCACAUUCAACAUGGAUGAUUACUCUGAGAGCUAUUUCUGUGGCCUCACUGACGGCUUGGCAAUAACUACCUCAUUAAAAACAUUUAGUGUGGCAGUGCUUGCUCCGUAUCAUAAUGCGGAUUUAUCAAGAAUCCUUGACGAUCUCACUGACGUUCUUUCAUUAAACUCGUCAGUGAACACGCUGACAGUGACUAUGACAGUAAUUGAGACAGGCUCUGAUUUGUGCGCUGAUCGGCGGUUUUCUUCCAUCGAAUUGCCAGUGAAUACGUUGAUAACUACGUUAAAUCUCACGAUAAAUGAGUACGGUGAAGAAAUAUCGAAUAUAUCAGGGGUUUUAGACGCCUCUGGAGUGUUCCAAUUUUUGGCAGAAUACACAUCAGUAACCACAUUCAACCUGACACUCAACAGUAGCAAAGAAGUGAGAGAUGACUGGAUACAAGGCCUUUGCGACGCUUUGAUGAGAAACACCUCAUUGACAACACUGAGAUUAAAAGUAAAUAGCCAUUGUUCUAAAGGUAAUGGCCGUUUAUAUGACUUUAGUAAACUUUUGAUAGAAAGCCAAACAUUAUCCAUACUUGAACUUGAUGUAAGUUUCUAU